AUGUUUUGGGUAGCGGCCGUGCGAACCGGAGAGGUCGACGAUGACGGAGAGUCUAAUUGGACAAUUAUAGUAACAAACGAGGAGCGCUGUCACAACCAUAUCACAAACGAAACAAUCUACACCGCUCUGAAGCAGUGCAAUGACUUGGUCAAAUUGAUUGCGUCCGACUCACGCUCCCCCACCAACUCCAAAAACGUCAAGUCCUACUGCGGCAUCGCCGGUGACUUAGAGAAAGUACUCGAAGAUGUCAAUGCCUCAACAUCAGCACAGGUUGUAUCCGUCAUUACGGACAAUGCCAAAAAGAUAAGGAGCGCUACAAGUCGGGUGUAUAUUUGCAGACCAAAUAUUGGCGAUGGUGGUUGCUCAGCAUACGUUCUUAAUCUGCUGAUGCAGGAUAUCUUCAAGGUUCCUGCUUUUCGGAAGAUCCGUCGGAGAGCUGUAACCGUGGCACGAUUCGUGAAAAAUCAUCUUGAGUGA